AAGAAGAAGAAGCAGCAGCAGCAGCAGAAGAAGAAAAAGAAGGAGAAGAAGAAAAAGACCUGGACAUGCCCCCUUCUCUUCAGCAGGGGUCCCAGAUAAGGAUAAUGCUAACUUCGUUUAGCAUCAUAAACGGGAUCGAUACGCUACAUUUGUAGUGACCGUUCUGUUUUGGACACCAGCCGAGGGGGACACAAGUGGUGAAAGGAGAGAAACUAAUGAUGGAGGUCCCUAAUAUUCACACUGUGCAGCUGAACCAGAACCUGCCACCGGUUCAGGGCCCCAUUAAGGACGUGUGGCAUAGUGUAAUAAGUGUCCCCAUGGGCACCAUUCCUACCUACAGUGAGGAUCCUCAACAUCAAGCUGGACGACAGGAUGAGCUUGUGAAUAAACGUGUGCAGACUGAAAGGUUUGGAGAGAAGCCGUUGGUGCUGCCUGCAGACGUGUCGGCUCCAGCUUGUGUUACUAUCCCAGAAACAACGGACUACCCAGGAGAAUACGACUUCCAGCUUCGCUUUCAUGACGCUGGCACAACCAAGUCUGUUCCUAGCACUUUUUCGGAGUCUCUGAACAAGCUGUUUUGCCAGCUUGCGAAGACGAGUCGUAUUGAAGUUGUGGUUAGUAAGGAGCCUCCUCAAGGAGCCGUUCUCAGGGCCACGGCGGUUUAUAAGAAGGCCGAGCAUGUGGCAGAGGUGGUCCGUAGAUGUGCCCAGCACGAGGACGAGGACAUUGUUGAGCAUCGCAGCCAUCUGAUCAGAGUGGAGGGCAACGAGAGAGCUCAAUAUUUUGAAGACCCUCACACCAAGAGGCAGAGUGUGACUGUUCCUUAUGAGGCUCCUCAGUCAGGCUCAGAGAAGACGACCGUCCUGCUGAGCUUCAUGUGUAACAGCUCCUGCAUGGGGGCCAAGAACCGCAGAUCCAUCCUCACCAUCCUGACCCUUGAAACUCAGGAGGGACUGGUUUUGGGACGAAGGUCCUUUGAGGUGCGUAUUUGCGCUUGGCCAGGAAGGGACCGCAAAACUGACGAGGCAAAUAAGGAAAAGACGCCAAACGGAAUCAAGCAGAUAAAAAAACGCAAGAGCGCCCCUCCUCCUGACAAAACUUCUCCGACCAAGUCUGAGUCUGCUCCAAGUAAAAAGGGAGAAACAAAGGAUGUUUCUGAUCUGCAUGGUUUGUGCGACUUUGACAGGGGCCAGAUUGUGAUUUCCAGACGACUCGGUCUGAGUCCGUCCAAAACUGCGGAUCUUGUGGGAUGUUCCCGGGCUGCGGUGGUCAGCGUCUAUACACAGUGGUGCAAGGAGACAAAAGCAACGAACCAGGAACAGGUUCAGUUAGAGCUCAGUGACACACAAGGAGAAAAUGCUGAACCAAACGGAGACGACCCCCAACUAAAGCCUUGACAGAGACUUAUGGAAACAGACCAAAAUGAGAAGCCCAAAGUGAUCAAACUAUCCUGUCCUGUCCUGGAGGUUGUCCUCCUUUCUUUGAAGUUUGUGUUGUCCAUCCAGCUGGGAUAGAGACACCCACCCACACAUCCAGCGCCAGAGGUCGAGACGCAAGCAGGAAGCUCUCCUGACGUCAGCCAUCACUGGUUAGAGCUGAGAGGAGAGAGUACAGGGAGGAGACCAGCAACACUGGAGCGACACAGAAGAGGUGUCUGGUGUUUAUUGUGGACUGCUGGAGCACUGACUCACAAGACAUGUGAUUACAUUUUAAGAUUCCUCUUUAAAUCAACAGCCAUUUAAAACGGAGCAAGAGGUUUGCAAAGGGCCAAAUUUAGUCUUUGGUUGUAUGAGCUCUGUUUAUAUUAUGUCCACUGUUAUUUCUGGAGAUCAAUAAACUCAUGUAGUGAGAUGUGA